AUGAGCGACACCAGAGCCGAAUCGCUCACGAAGAAACUCAGGAAGGAAUUUGGUUACGUACCAGCAUGGAAAGUCUCGACAACACAGCAAUGUCUUGACGCCCACCAUACACACUGGCUCAUCAAGCGAAUUUAUUGUGGGUCGGCCGACGACUACAACAGAUUCCGUCCACUUGCUAAGAUGGUACAUCGAGCAUGCAAGAAGGAAAUUGGCGAGCUUCCAGAAGUCACAGAAGAUAUGAUCAAACAUUGGAUUUCGGUGAAUGUCAUGGAUGACACUGAAAUCAAGGCAAAAUACCAAUUGCUUUAUGAUGAGGCGAAUCCUAAUAUGCGGAAAGCGAAGAAGCUAUUAGCCGAGCUGAGGCGGGACGAAGGAGGCUGCAUCACGGUCGGUGAAGUGCAGGUAAUGAGGUGGUUUGAGAGGGGGUUCGACAAGGAAGCUAUCGUGCCCAAAUACAAGAAUCGCAUAAAAGAGGCAACGCUUUUCAGUCGCGCGGAAGCUUUACGGUUUCGCUUACAAGAGGAGCUCAAGUCUACUGAGGUGGCAUCAGUACCUGAACUGCUGGGCCAUUUCCGUGAGAAUCUCGAUGAUAACGCAAUCAUUCGUCACUAUCAGGACAUGAUAUCCCAAGACCCUGAAGGAGGAGUUGCACCGGCGGCAGUUUGA